AGCCUUAUGGCAAUCCAUGGUAGAAGUAGUAUUUUUGUUCCAAUAUUGUGGGGCAUCUGAUCCACAAGCGGGAAGUGCUCUGAGCAUAUUCCUGACAAACAAAAGUCGGUCGGACAAUUAUCCGCCGCCGCCGCCGCUCUUCUCCCCGUAAAAGGCCCUCCAUUGCCGUUCCCAUUCCUCUGACUGCAACAAUGAACGAUCACGAAAAAAACUGCAAGGCGGCAACAAUCGCAACUCCCCAGCUUCUCUCUCCUCAGAACGCCGCAGACCUCUUGCACUCCGUCGACGCCUUUCUCUUCGACUGCGACGGCGUAAUUUGGAAAGGUGAUAAGCUCAUUGAUGGAGUCCCCCAGACUUUAGAGAUGCUCCGUUCCAAGGGGAAGAAGCUAGUCUUUGUUACCAACAAUUCCACCAAGUCAAGGAGGCAGUAUGCUAAAAAGUUCCAAACUCUUGGUAUUGAAGUUAGUGAGGAAGAGAUUUUCUCAUCAUCAUUCGCAGCGGCUAUGUUCCUCAAAGUCAAUGAUUUUCCUCGAGAAAAGAAGGUUUAUGUAGUAGGUGAGGAAGGCAUAUUGGAAGAGUUGGAGCUUGCAGGCUUUACUGGUCUCGGAGGCCCGGAGGACGGGAAAAAGAUGGUGCAGCUGAAACCCAAUUGUCUCUUUGAGCAUGAUAAGGAUGUUGGAGCUGUGGUGGUUGGAUUAGACCAGUAUAUAAAUUAUUACAAGCUACAGUAUGCAACUCUUUGCAUACGUGAGAAUCCAGGAUGCCUUUUUAUUGCUACCAACCGUGAUGCUGUAGGACACAUGACUGAUUUGCAAGAGUGGCCUGGUGCUGGAUGCAUGGUGGCAGCUGUAUGUGGAUCAACUCAAAAGGAGCCUAUUGUAGUUGGCAAACCAUCAACCUUUAUGAUGGAGUUCUUACUAAAAAAAUUUCAUACCAAUACCUCCAGGAUGUGUAUGGUGGGUGACAGAUUGGAUACUGACAUUUUAUUUGGCCAGAAUUCUGGCUGCAGAACUCUCCUAGUUUUUUCAGGUGUGACAACUCAAUCCAGUCUUCAAGAUCCGACAAAUGACAUUCAACCAGAUUAUUACACAAGCAAAAUCUCCGACCUUCUUAAUUUAUUAGGAGCAUGAAUACGAUACUAUAUCCGCCUUGUCUACGAACUAGGAACCUUCUCCAAUUUCCGGAGUGUCGUCCUGAUGUAUUGGUACUCUAUUCUGUUCUAGAUAAUUUUCCAGGUUCCAACUCUUGAGGAACAAAUUAAUGGCCCAAGCUGUCUGUGGUUCAAUACACUGCUAUUCGAGCACAUUAAGAUGUAUUAAACAUUUUUUUUACACGUAAUUUUAUAUCAAUAUGAAUCUUGUUUGAUA